AUGGCAGCACCGUCUAGUCUUCCCGUCUCUCCCCAGCAGCAGACCUCCAACUUCGCCCUCCAGCAAUAUCUCGUCCUGCACUCUCAACACGAGGAACUCCGCCAGCACCUGGACCAGAUCCGUCCCAUCACCACCUGUAACACCUCGCUUGCCUCGUCGCCUUCAGUGUCCCCGACCCGCAGCACCUGCUCGCCCUUCGGGCAGUACCCCAGCGCCUCGUCCGGUGGUCGGAGACACCACAGCCGCAGCCGAUGCUCGUCGCUCUCGGGCCCGAAGGCUCGCCGCAGCAGCUCGCUUGCACCGAUUGCAGACGAGACGACCAUCUGGGCCGUGGCCGAGGAGGAACAGCGCCUCUUCGACGUCAACGAGGGCAUGAAGCGGGCCCUGAUGGAGCUCCUCAACUGCGACCAAGUACGCGGCGACAACUCGUUCCGCAUGUGGGUGCAGUGCCGCCUGAUGGAGACGGAAAAGGAGUUACGCUCGGAGCGACGACGCAAGAGCGCUCCGUGA